UUUUGAGUUGUGAUUGUUUUGUGCCAGUGACUUUAUAAUCGAAUCGACGCUGUAAUCGAUCGAAAGUGGAGUGGUAUUCGCGCGGCUUGGUGAGGAUAUCGCCGGGUUCGAGGGAGUUUAUUAUCUGGGAACACGAGAAAGGCGGCAAAAUGGCCCCCCUGACGGAUACCGUGUACAACUGGGCCAUGUCGGCAGGAGACCGGGAGUCCGAGGCCCAGGCCAAGAAGGGCGAGGAGGGCGCGGGAGGCGACCGCGACUCCCGCGCCGCGGCGGCGCUCAAGAAGAACUGGUGCGUGGGACUCAGGAUAACUGAACUGGUUAUCACGGUGAUCGCUAUUGGGCUUGUGACUGGAGCGCUAACUUCACCUUACAUAGUGCAGUCGAGAUUAUCACACAUCGCUGUUAUCUUCUCUGCUUACUCAAGUUACAUCAUCAUCACCGGCAUCCUGAUCCUCGCGCGGCUUUUCGGCGAGUCUGCGGGAUGGAAGACCUCCAUCGGCUUCUCUGUGCUAGGGGUGGUCAUGUUCACCGCCGCUGCUGCCGUCAUUUUCUAUGACUGGCACACUUCGUACUACGUAGUGGUCCGACCGAACAAGCAAGCUUACGAUCUCCUUUUAUCGUCGGGCGUGUUCGCGGUUCUUGGCGCGGCUGUAUUCAUGUUCCACGCCUUCUUCACUUUCAGGAAGGAAGCAGACAUUUAAAAAAAUAACAUCAAUCACUCUACUUUUACUAUGUGUCAGAAAUGCCAGUACUGUGUCAAUCUAUAUAAAUUAAAAAAAAAAGUCGAUACAGAGAUAUGGAAAUUCUGUAUGAUCUUCAAUCUUUAUUAACUGCCUUAUAGUUUUUAAUUUAAGUUUAGUGUUAGAUAUUUUUAUUUGCUCUGUUGGCAUAAUGCAAUUUAAUGCAACUCAUUUGUAAAUAAUUUGUUAAGAAACCGUAAGUUGUCCUCAUUGAGUAGCUAUUCAGUUUUUCAAAUCCAGUUUUUUUCAGUUUGUUGAUAAAUAAAGUCAACGUUGUGAAUUUUGUCCUAUGUAGCAGCUCAAGUAAAAUACAUUUUUUUUCAUGGAACCUUUUUUUUAAAUAAAUCAUUGAUUUUGGCCGAGGGAGUGCAAGUUACGUAAAAUUAAGUUUUAGAAUAAUUUUCGUAGUAUGAAUUUAGUUUUUAUUUCUUGGAGAAAGAUGUAUGAGGUUGUAAAAAUCGGUAUUAUGUGCAAGAGAGGAAAAUUAAAUAAAGAAAUGGUUGAGGUCUUAUGUGUAUUAAAAAUAUCUGGCGAUGGCCUUAUUAAAAUGGGUUGUGUAAAUGUGGUUUUGAAGAUUGACACUUCUUUAUAGGGCCUAGUACGGCUUAAUAUUUAAGACUUUUUAAACCAACGAGUAUUACUUAAAUAUUUAGUAUUACGACUUCAUAACUUUCUUUAUCUUUAUAAGAAAAACCUUAAAUUAAAAAAAGAGAUGAACUUUUUAAAUUUUCGCGCGCAUAUUGUUUAUGAACUGCCACAGAUACAGGAAAUUAUCAUAAAAAAGUGGGACAGGUAGACAUGCGUGCGACCCACGUGCGACCACAAUCAAUUUAUAGUAAAAACAAUUGUAGAAACUUUUAGACGAAAAUACACUUCAAUUUUAUUAUGGGCGUUUUAACGUGUUUUACGUUGCUGUUUGCUUAGGUAGUUAUAAUUAUAAUUUAUUACAUUGUAAUCGUAAUUGUUAAUACUGAAACAUUCCGCUAAAACCAAAUUUAUGUUAGUGUGUAAGUGCGUGUCGUAUACAGACAUGCAAAAGUUAAAUAUGUUGUAGUUGGACCAUAUAGCCCACUAGCAUACUUCAUAGAAAAGAGUUCUUAGACCUAGUAAUAUACACGGUGAAAAUUAGCAAUGGGCAGACGUAGGAAUUAUAUUUAAGUAAAUAGCAAUUGAUGUAUACUGACUUAUUUGUGCAUAACUAAUCAGAUUUAUAAAUGAAAGUAUGUAAUUGAUUUUCUUUUCUUUUCAUAUAAGUAAUUUGUAAGCAUUUAAAGACACAAUAAGGUAAGGAAAAAGCAAAAUGUUGCUUUCGAAAGAAAUCACUUAAUAUUAAUUUAAAUAAUAUGUUAGUUAUUUCAUAGGUUUAUGUUAAAUAAUUAUUACUUUUAUUGAAAGGGAGAACCAAAGCAGUAAUCAGUAUCCGUCCAGUAGUAGUUUUAGUUUAUUAAAUUUCCUUUCAUUUUAACAUACCUUCACCUACUUACAUGAUUCUGUAUUUCUGUAUCUUUUGUAAUAAAUUGAAUUAAAAUAGAUUAUUUUUCAUCAUCAAAAUAGGUUAUAGAGUUUAUUUGGUAAUUAACCUAAGAAAAUUAAAUACUGUAGAUGCAUGUAAACAGUACACUGGCGCUAAUGUUACCUUAUUUAUCCACGACCGCAACAAAAGGUACCCGCGACACGCACAGAUAAUUAUAAUAAAAUAUUAAAUAUUAUUGUAUAUAUACAUUGUAUCCGUUGUAAUUGUUUAAUAAAUAAAUAUAAUUCAAAAUGUU